UACGCUGGGCGGGAAGUCGGAGUGUGAAACCAGGAACACAGAAGCGCAGGUGGAGCGCCCGGCGUGAGUGUGCGCAGACUCAGAGUAGUCGAGCUCCUCCGCUGACGCACGUCGUCAAAUUUCGGGCUGCCUGGACAUCAUGGCAAAACUACAGGGGUUUGAUUUCUGGAGAACCACACUGAAGGAGGCUCAUUACAUAGUUGCUCCAAUGGUGGAUCAGAGUGAGCUUGCCUGGAGGUUGCUCAGCCGACGCCAUGGGGCACAGCUGUGCUACACACCGAUGCUGCAUGCCCAAGUAUUUAUACGUGACAGCAACUACCGGAAAGCAAACCUCUACAAUGAGGUGUGUGCAGAGGAUCGCCCCCUCAUUGCUCAGUUUUGUGCAAACGACCCAGAUGUGUUUGUCCAGGCAGCUCUUUUAGCCCAGGAUUAUUGUGAUGCCAUCGACCUCAAUAUAGGUUGUCCUCAGAUGAUUGCAAAGCGAGGACACUAUGGAGCAUUUCUUCAAGAUGAAUGGAGCCUUCUUCAUAAAAUGAUCACAGUUGCCAAUGAGAAGCUCUCUGUUCCUGUCACUUGCAAAAUUCGAGUCUUUCCAGAAAUUGAUAAAACUGUGCAGUAUGCGAAAAUGCUGGAAAAAGCUGGAUGCCAGUUGUUAACAGUUCAUGGACGAACUAAGGAACAGAAGGGGCCAUUAACUGGAGUGGCAAGUUGGGAUCAUAUUAAAGCUGUGAGGAAAGCAGUGAAUAUCCCGGUUUUUGCAAAUGGUAAUAUCCAGUAUCUUUCUGAUGUGGAGCGUUGCCUCCAGGAGACUGGGGUUCAGGGUGUAAUGAGUGCAGAAGGUAAUCUUCAUAAUCCAGCCCUGUUUGAGGGGAGAAAUCCUCCUGUUUGGGAAAUGGCUGAGGAAUAUUUGGAAGUUGUCCAGAAAUACCCCUGCAGUCUCUCUUAUGUCCGGGCUCACCUUUUCAAGUUGUGGCACCACACGCUGCAGAUUCACCAGGCACUUCGAGAUGAGCUGGCAAAGGCGAAAAGUCUUGAAGGAAUUAUAGAAGUUAACAGAGAACUAAAAAAACUUUGUCAGGAGGAGAUGGAAAAUUUGGUGGAAGGUAUGAAGCCAGCUGGAGGACUACCUCUUCCUCACUGGAUCUGCCAGGCUUAUGUUCGACCAGGGCCCAAGGAACUGCUUAUUGAAAAUGGAGAAGUAAAGCCAGGCGCAAAAAGAGCUUUGGAAGAAGAAGAAGGCUGCACAGAAUAUGUAUCAAAAAACAAGCUUAAGAAGAAAACAAGAAACCCACACAAGAAUUUUGAUUUGACACAGAAACCUAAAUAUGUCAAAUGUGAGCAUUGCGGAAAUCCAAAGGGAAAUAAAUGUGUCUUCAGCUUAUGUAGAGGGUGUUGUAAAAAGAAGGCAUUUAAAGAAAUGGCAGACUGUCCUGGCCAUGGUUUACUGUUCAAAACUAAGUAUGAGAAAUCCCUAAAACGGAAGAGUGAAACAGAUUGUGAACAGAUUGUGAAUGGCGAAACUGGUAAAGAUCACACUGAGCCUGAAAGUGAAAGGGCAUAACGGGACGGACGAGAUGGCAAUGACUUCACAGGGAUUUCACCAUACUGUGCCAAACUGCUGCUGCCGCCACCACCACCAACCGCCUUUGUCAAUGGAACCUGCUGAGGAUUUUUAAAAUCUUAUUUACAGGGAAGAGGGGUUCUGGUGUGAAUGACCUUGGACAUUGAGAUGAUUAUCAAAAGCAUCCUCCAUUUCUGGAAUUACAUAAAAGACAUUUUCAUGAAACUGUGAAGUUUCUCUGUUUUUAAAAGACAUUUUCCCACUCUUGUACAGUGAACUAUUGCAUAAUAAUAGAAUUACAUUUUUUUAUCUUGCAUUAUUUUUAUGGGGGGGGUUACCUCCACUGACAUUUUACUGUGGUUGAUGGGUGAUAUUUUGUACAUUUUCACUUUUUCAGAACGGGAGAGCCAACAUCCUGUGUUAAGUCAGGAGAUUCUGUCCUUCAUCUCAUAAUUAGAGACUGAAUUUCAUUUACGAUACGGAUAUGAAUCAAGUUAAUUGGGAAACCGCUUACAAAAUGCUUGUCAUAAUCAAAUUUUAUGACAUAUAUGGUCAACACUGAACUUCACAAGGACAUAACUAUUCUCAGACUUUAGUGAAAGGCUUUAGGAUCAACAACAUAAUCCUGCUAACUGGAAAAAUGACGCUUAGUUGCUUAUGUGCGGUAGGGCCUCCUGGCUUUCACCCGUACAGUUAAUGGAGAUCUCUAAUAGGAUUUAAUAUAUGCAAAUAACUGUGAUGACUUUACAAAUACAUUUGCAUAGAGUAGCAUUUUCGCAUAUUGAAUACUUGAAUUCAUGAUAUCUUCAAGUAAAAAAAAAAAAAAAAACGAACAAACUAUUAGACACAAUGAAUAUUAGGCAGCCAAGUACUGGUAUACUGACUGGAUAGGCCCACCCCAGUGAUGUUCUUUUCUUUUUUUUCUGUAUCUCCUACUGAGCUACAAUGUGAAUUCUAACAACCAAAUGUUUGAAUCGCUAAUCUCGUUCAUCCUUACUUUCGGAAGGCAGUCUUUCCAGGUGAUUUAGAUGCCUGUCAGACAAAAUAUUAUUAAAGUUUAGCAGUCUCUCUCAGGGUUUUUUUUUAAAUAUAACCACAUAAAGCAUUGGCAGUGCCAGUUGACAUUUCACUGAUGUCUAAUAUGGCAUUGUGUUUGAAUAAGCAGAUUCAGAAAAUAGUUGGAUUUUACUUACUUUGUUUUCAUUCUUUUAAAAGAUCUGACUGAGUAGUGGUGAAUGCUGCCUAGUGUAUGAUCAUAUUAAUACCAAAGUUAAGUAAUGUUUUUGGCUAGAGCUUUGUAAGUGUAAGCACUUCCGAAUUUUUGCAUUGUGCAGCACAACCUUGUUUUGCAUACUCUUACACUACAAGUUCAUCUGAGGAUCAGGGGCUUCAGGGCGCUGUAGAGGUGUAAGCCUAAAUGUAUGUGAUCAGCCCAGAUGGUUCUCCUGGAACCCUCUUUAUGCAGUAUCUCCAGUUCCAUCUCCGACUGACAUGAGCAGACAUCAUGAUGAUUUAAUAAUGAAUGUAAUUAUUAAUUUUACAUCCCCCAUGCUUGACAACUCCUGUGUGGAGUAGAAACCCAUCCGUUUUAGCACAUGUUCAGAUGCAGACCUGAAAAAAAAAAUCCCUGAUGAACAAAGAAUUGGAAGUUUCAAAAUAUUCAUGACUGCAAAAAUGAAAACCAAUAAAGUUGUUUAUUCAUCCUGGGGUGAGCUGAACAAAAUCUCCUUGUUUUGCGACUGCUGUUCUACCUCACUUGUUUUUAGCAAAGCAUAAUAAAAAGAAAAACAAAUG